AUGGUUUAUCUCGCAUCAGUUUUUGCCGUUGGUCUUGCUGGACUGGCAAGCCUUGUUUCCGCUCAUCCUGGACACGAUGUCAAGUCCGAAGCUGCUGAGCGGGCUGCCUUCCUCAAAAAGGCUCCUUUUCAAUCGCGCAGCCUUGCCCAAUGUGCUUCAAAGCUCAAGGCUAGAGGCCAUGAAAGCCGAAGCGUUGCUCGCCGUCAGCAUGCUGUCAAAAACUUACGUGCCAGUCGCGGCCUUGCAUCUACUGGUCAUUAUCUCAAGGCACGAAGUCUCAAUAGCACUUUGAGUACCUCGCACCACUCUAGUUUGACCGGAGUGGACUCGUCUACCGAUCCGAAUGUCUUGUUCGGCUCCGAGGCUACGUGUAUCCUUGGACCCGAUGUGACCCAAGGGCCUUACUAUGUCACUGGUGAACUCGUUCGCGAGAACAUCGCGGAGACUCAAGAAGGUGUUCCACUCUAUAUGAACAUCCAGUUGAUCAACACCAACACCUGCGAGCCUAUUCCGGAGAUCUAUGUGGAUCUGUGGCACUGCAACUCUACUGGUGUCUACUCGGGCAUUGUCUCCAGCGGCAAUGGUGACUCUUCCGAUGAGCUGAAUAUCAACUCGACUUUCCUUCGGGGUAUUCAGGAGAGUGAUGAAAAUGGAGUAGUUCAUUUCCAGUCUACCUUCCCUGGCCAUUACACCAGCCGUGCCACUCACAUCCAUGUUCUCACCCACCCUGCUAAUGAGACUGAAGUUCUUGCGAAUGGGACCAUCUCUGGACUGUACACCUCGCACUCGUCCUAUGUUGGCCAGCUUUUCUUCGACCAGGAUCUCAUUGCUGCCGUCGAGGAGACUUCGCCAUACUCUACCAAUACCCAGGACUUGACUACUAACGCAAACGACUCAAUUCUAGCCGAGGAGGCUGACACCAUUGAUCCCUUUAUGGAGUAUGUCUAUCUGGGCGAUGAUGUUUCUGACGGAAUCUUUGCGUGGAUCUCUGUUGGUAUCGACCCAACCAAGGAUAGUAGUGUUACCCCUGCAGCCUACUACACUGAGCAGGGUGGUGUUGAGAACGAGAGUUCUGGUGGCAUGGGUGGUGGCGGCGGCAGCGGCGGCAGUCCCCCUGGCGCUUCCGCCACCCGCGGUUUCGCCUAA